AUAACUGAUCUAUUUUGACAUCAGGUAGCAAAACUGUAGGCAGUGGGGUAUGGAAAACAGGUUACGUGUCGAUCAUAGCAACCUUGUCAUGCCUUUCCUGUACACUUGUCACUUUCCCUUUUACAAUCUUCUUCUGCAUUUUUUUUUUUUUUUUUGAUUUGUUUAUCUUUCUUUCCUCUUACGUAUUCCACUUUAUCUAUUCCAUUAUUGUUACUACAACAAUAAAUAUUCUACGUAGGCUCAAUUAAUUUUGCAACAUGACUGGAAGUGAAAUCCUCGACAAAAUUAAGGAGAAGGUUGGUUUAAGUUCAUCUGAUACUGGAAGAGGUAAGAGCAAGAUGUCAAAGCAUAUAACUCAUGGGUAUCACAUGGUUGAAGGAAAAUCACAUCACACUAUGGAAGACUAUGUUUUUGCACAAUUUAAACAAGUUGGUGAAAAUGAACUUGGUCUAUUUGCAAUAUUUGAUGGCCAUUUAAGCCAUGAGAUUCCCGAGUACCUCCGAUCUCACCUAUUCAAUAAUAUUCUAAACGAGCCUAACUUCUGGGCUGAACCGGAGUCUGCAAUCAGGAAAGCCUACCGCAUAACAGAUACAACUAUUUUGGACAAGGCUGCUGAUUUGGGUAAAGGAGGGUCAACUGCUGUUACGGCCAUAUUGAUUAAUGGUCAGAAACUAGUUGUAGCAAAUGUCGGAGAUUCUCGUGCUGUCAUCUGCAAGAAAGGAGUAGCCAAGCAGUUGUCCAUUGACCAUGAGCCUGGCAGAGAGAGGAAGAACAUCGAGGACCGAGGUGGUUUUGUGUCCAAUUUUCCAGGUGAUGUUCCUCGGGUUGAUGGGCAGUUAGCGGUGGCAAGAGCAUUUGGCGACAAGAGCUUGAAGAGGCACCUAAGUUCAGAGCCAGAUGUGGUGGUAGAGCACAUAGAUGAUGAUACCGACUUUCUCAUAUUGGCCAGUGAUGGCGUAUGGAAGGUACUGUCAAAUCAGGAAGCGGCAGACUGCAUCAAAGAUAUCAAGGACGCGAAGUCAGCUGCGAGGCAUCUCAAUGAGAAGGCCCUUGAAAAGGGAAGUACCGAUGAUAUAUCGUGCGUAGUUGUAAGGUUCCAAUAAUUUUGCCUUGUGCGUACUCUUGGGAAAUGAAAAAACCUGUACAACUGAAAUGACUUUGUUAGGGCUGUAAUAUUUGAAUUGUUCUUCGCUUUAAUUUUCAUGAAAUUCUGUAAUUGCAAAUGGUUGUUUUCUGUGUAAACAUUUAUGUUCCAACAUUUUGGCACUGGUUGCCAGCUGCAAAUAAAGGGAAUGUUGUUGCUA